GGGCAAGCCGGCGGUGGCGGCGCUCUAGUUUCUGGAAUCUCCCCACCUCGCAUCUCGCGCACCCCAGCUCCAUUAAAAACCCAGCUCGCACCGUAACCCAAGACACUAUCGAAACCCUAGCCGCCACCCUCCAUCGAGCCACCAACCCCGCCGCACGCACUACAUCGACGCUCCGAGGGCGUACGCCAUGCAGCGCGCCGCCGCAUGGGCCGCCCUGGCCAUCCGCCGCUUCGCGUCGUCGGCCUCCCGACCUGCGCUCUCAAAAGCAGCGACGUCUCUUCUGCCUGCCACGGCACUGCUCAGCGCCGGCACGCGCUUGUCCCUCCAGCCAACCGCAGGUGCAGCGGCGGCGGCGCUGUGUGCCCGCCGCGGGUACGCCGGCGGGGCUCGGAAGGCGAAGGCGGCGGUAAGCGAGGACGAGGACGAGGAGGACGACGACUUCGAGGCUAUGGGCAGCGACGGGGAGUUCGACGGUGACUUCGACGAGGUGGAUCUGGAGGACGACGACUCCGAAGAUUGCGACGAUGAACCAGUAAAGAAGCGCGGGAGAUGCUGACUCGGCUCGGUUGAGAGAAAAUGUUGUUUCGAUUGUUUCUCGAGAUAGAGAGAAAAAGAAAGAAUUAAAAUAAUCCUGCUCUGAUUGAAAUUUUUUACCCUUCUAGUUCACUCUUAUGUGCUUCUUGUUUGGGAAGUAGAAUUUCAGGUUUUGUGAGAUUGGAAGUUGUAACAUAACAAUUCAGUCAGGUCGUAUGUGGCUAUGUGCUGCUGGGGAUGCAUGACUUGAUGCG